AUGGCGUGGACGGUGAGGGUGACUUCUUUUGGUACGGGUCCUUAUACCCUAGAGGAUCCGGACCGCGUAUCCUUUGGUGAGAAUCCGCAAACUCGUCUCAGCCUGGCCUGUGGUACAGGAAUGAGGGAACCUGAGUUGUGUUCUAUUCAGUCCGACGGCUUAUCAUAUCAGGGGAGUGCUGCAUCCGAUGCUAAACUAGUAGGGCCAGGUAUAUCUUUGGCCAUGGAAUCUGAUGACUUUGCGAUCUCGAGUCCCGGUACGCCAGAACAA